AUGCUCAGAAAUCUUGAACUGAAGCAGAAAACCAUAAAAGCCGAUGUCACAGUAACACAGCCGUGCAACAUAAUACAGCCAACAACCCCACAACCUACUGAAAUAACCACCAUAACACAAUCAUACACCACGAUACCGACUACAACCCCACAACCUUCUGAAAUAACUACAAAUGAUCCAUGUUAUGAAUGUGAAGAUGGCUGGAAGCAACAUGGAGAAAAUUGCUAUUUUUUCUCCACAAGAAAAUCAUCCUGGAAUGCAAGCAGAACUGAAUGUAGAACUCAAGGAGGAGACCUGGUUAAAAUAGACAGCAGUGAGGAGCAGAAUUUCUUGAGGACAACCAUUGAACAAAUAAGAAGAUAUUUCUGGAUUGGACUGACAGACUCAGCAGAAGAGGGCAGAUGGUUGUGGGUGGAUGGCUCACCGCUGAAUGAAAGGUUGACAUUCUGGUUCUUUCAUGAGCCAGAUGAUUGGACUGAGGAAGAUUCUGAUGGAGAGGACUGUGCGAGGAUGGGGCCAACGUAUUGGUUUGAUAAAUCAUGCAAAGCACGUGAAAGAAGUAUUUGUGAGAAACCUGCUGCUGCUGUGUGUCCUCACUUCAGUUCAGGAACAACAGUGAGAGUAGAGGACACAAUGAGCUAUUUUUCUAAAGCUAAUGCUGCAAACAUUUAA